GAGGGCAUUCAGGCCCAAAUUGCCAUUCACUUCCACUCACUUCAUCUUGAUGCCCGAAAUCAGUCUUCAGCAGAAUUGAUUGCAGCUCCAAUUCUUCUUCCAGCAAAACUCAAUAAUCAGAAAUCAAAGCAGAAGCAGGGGUGUCCAUCAAAAUGCUGCAGAAUCUGUUUUGGAUAAUUACGUUCCUUCAUCCAUGUCUAAAGUGCCAUUAGAACACCCUGUCCAGGCGCAGAGCACCACAAAGGUUUAGAUUUCCCAUUUUUGUUUUACAUGAUUUAAGAUUUUUGGGUUUGUGGAAAUUUUCUGGUUUUAUCCAAAUAAAGAAUGCAGAGAGCUAGUUCAAAGAAAUUCCUAGCUCUCUGCAGAAAAUGGCCGUUAAAAUCCAGUUUUCUACCUAUUCAUUUUUCUACCUAUUCCCAUCUGGGUUUAGCCCAAAACUCGGUAAAAUCCAGUUCUUGGAAAGAAAGUGGAAGGGUUUCGAGUGAAGCAAUAAAAGGGCAUGACUUAAUUCGCCUCAGUUCUGAACCAGAAAGCUCAAUGGACAGUAAAAGGCAUGAUGAAUUUUCUGCUGAUGUUGAAAAGAUUUAUAGAAUUUUGAGAAAAUUUCAUACUAGAGCCCCGAAAUUGGAACUUGCCUUGAAAGAAUCAGGCGUUGUUGUAAGAUCAGGAUUGACCGAAAGAGUUUUGAACCGUUGUGGUGAUGCUGGAAACUUAGGAUAUAGUUUCUUUGUGUGGGCGUCGAAACAGCCGGGCUAUAGGCAUAGUUAUGAUGUGUAUAAGGCAAUGAUCAGGAUUAUGGGGAAAAUGAGACAAUUUGGAGCUGUUUGGGCUCUUAUUGAGGAGAUGAGGAAGGAGAAUCCUCAGCUGUUAUCGCCUGAGAUGUUUGUUGUUCUGAUGCGGAGAUUUGCCUCUGCAAAGCUGGUCAAGAAAGCUAUUGAAGUUUUGGAUGAGAUGCCAAAAUACGGGUGUGAACCAGAUGAGUAUGUUUUUGGAUGUUUGUUGGAUGCUUUGUGCAAGAAUGGCAGUGUUAAAGAAGCUGCAUUGCUUUUCGACGAUAUGAGGAUGAGAUUUAAGCCAACAAUUAAGCAUUUUACUUCACUGUUAUAUGGUUGGUGUAGGGAAGGGAAGCUUAUGGAGGCAAAACAUGUAUUGGGGAAAAUGAAGGAAGCAGGGUUUGAACCUGACAUUGUGGUCUACAACAAUUUGCUUAAUGGAUAUGCAGUGGCUGGGAAAAUGGUAGAUGCAUUUGAUCUAUUGCAAGAGAUGAAGAGGAAGGGUUGUGAACCCAACGCAACAUCAUUUACUGUUGUGAUUCAGGCCCUUUGUGCUCAGGAAAAGAUGGAUGAAGCAAUCCGAAUCUUAAGCGAUAUGGAAAGGAGUGGGUGUGAGGCUGAUGUGGUGACAUAUACUACUAUGAUAAGUGGAUUUUGUAAGUGGGGUAAGAUAAAUAAGGGGUAUGAGCUUUUGGAUGGCAUGAUACAGAAGGGGCUCACUCCUACUCAGACUACGUAUUUGCACAUCAUGUUGGCUCAUGAGAAGAAGGAAGAGCUGGAGGAGUGUAUGCAACUUGUGGAAGAGAUGCAGAAGAUUGGUUUAGUUCCUGACGUCAGCAUUUACAAUACUUUAAUCCGAUUGUCUUGCAAGUUGGGGGAGAUUAAAGAAUGUAUUAGAUUUUGGAAUCAGAUUGAAGUGAAUGGGAUAAGUCCAGGGGUUGACUCUUUUGUCAUUAUGAUAAAUGGCUUAGUGGAGCAAGGGUGUCUGGUGGAAGCAUGUAAUUACUUUAAAGAUAUGAUCUUGAGAGGUCUGCUGUCUGCUCCUCAAUAUGGUACCCUUAAGGAUCUAUUAAAUUCUUUGCUUAGAGCUGAUAAGGUUGAAAUGGCUAAAGAUGUCUGGAGUUGCAUUAUGACUAAAGGAUGUGAACUCAACACAUAUGCGUGGACAAUUUGGAUUCAUGCACUCUUCUCAAAGGGGCAUGUGAAGGAAGCUUGUUCGUACUGUUUGGAUAUGAUGGAUAAUGGCGUGAUGCCUCAGCCAGACACCUUUGCCAAGCUAAUGCGUGGUUUGAGGAAGCUGUACAACAGGCAACUUGCUGCUGAAAUCACAGAGAAGGUGAGGAAAAUGGCUGCUGAGAGACAGAUGACCUUUAAGAUGUAUAAACGGCGUGGUGAAAGAGACUUAAAAGAGAAAGCUAAGGCAAAAAAGGAUGGGAGAAAAAGGCGAGCUCGUCGACGUCGGUGGGGCAAGGCCCAUAAUGAAGCUAGCAUUUAGUUAUAUAAGUUUAAUAAGGGGCAUACUACAGAUUCGAUAUGCUUGAGCUGUAGCAUCAAAUAUCCAAGUGCAAGCAUCGAAAUCAGAGUCCAUGGAAUAGCAUUGGACUGUUCUUCGAUGCAACAAUAGAAUGAGAGAUUACUGGGCAAGUGUGCGCUUGAUUUUCUUGGAGAGUUGAAUGAAGACAUAGAGAGAGCAUAGGAUGACAUACUAGAAUUGGCAGUGGAGAUGUCAUUGGUCUCAUUAGGGUCAAGCCAGACCUUUCCUCUUCCACACUUGAGAAUGCUGGCUGCUAGCCUCUUCUGCAGCCUCAGCGACACCAUUUCUGCCGGUUGAUUGAAAAACUUUUGCUGCUCCUGUAUGUUUGUUGCCAAGAUCAGGGGCUAUACAAAAGUAGAUGAAUGCUGUGGCUGAGGAUAUAAUAAGCUUGUUUGCUGCUGGUUCUAUGUAAAAUCUUUUUGACUUAAAUAAAAGCUUGCUGAGUAUUCGUAGUUCUUUUAUGAUGGUUGUUCUUCUUUCGACCUUAAAUAGAUGUCAGAAAAGUAUGCAUGCUAAUGUAAGUUUUAGGGGGUUAGGCAUUUGGUGAAGCAAGCAUCAAAGAAUUGAACCACAAUUGUUCUUGCUAGUUUUUCUUGGAAGCCAAGGAGGAAUUUAAUAUUCUGGAGGACUUUUCAAAAUUUGGUAGAAUUCUUUAAUGUUCUUUUUCUUGGGGCCAAAGGCAUUGGAGGGCUUGAAAAUGAGUAAUCUAGACGGACAUGAUUCAGAAGAUUGACCCAUUUCUCAUUGAACAGGGGCUCGGCCUAGCUAAUGGCAAAGCCCAAAGUUGCACUCAUAUCAUAUCAAAAUUGGGCUCUACUAGGCAAGUCAUCAAAGUUGGGCUGUAGGCAGGAUCCAGCCACGCCCUUCCCCUGCGGUGGCAUUGUGCAUUUCCUCCCCAUCCUGCUGGCGGGUUCAAGCCUCCUUGGGGGUUUGGCCACUGCCUUUCUCCGUGGUGGCAUCAUGGACUUGCUCCUCCACCGAGCUGGUAAAGGGUCGGGAUCGAAGCCUCCUCCGUGGCCAUAGCUUACUUGCCUCCUGCUAUACUCACGACUGUACUUCAGUGGUUGCACGCAUUUCUUCCAUUCCACCUUUCUCUCCACCCGGUACUACUCCUGGUGAUCACAAGAGCCCUCCCACUCCUCCGGCUUUGGAGGGUUCUAUUAACAAUUCAACCUUUCUUGAAAGGCAUGCGGAAUCCUUAAAUUGUACUUUUUUUUUGUCAGCUACGAUACAUUUGUAUAACCUACUCUAUCCUAAUCUAGGGGAGGGGGAGCCUAAAGAGACUGUUAUAGGGGCUAGUGGGUAUACAAACCCAACUAGACCAAGGGAGUGUUAUGGCACAACCCUUAGAUUUUUUUCGCUGCUGGUGAGGUUUGAACCCUAGCCAACAGCCCAAGGAGGGACUUAAGUCCCUUCCUGGUGGCCACUGAGCCAUUGGCCCAGUGGUUCCUUAAAUUGUACUUGCCCACCCAAAAAAGAAAAACAAGCAAAUAAUCAUCACCUUGCCUUUGUAAAUUUGUUCA